AUGCCUGCACUCCUACCAGCGCAGCUCGAAUAUACCAUUGCAACCAUUGCAAGAAGCCUUGACUCAUUACAAAUCGACUUCGCUUUGAUGGGAGGCGCAGCCGUGUGCCUCACGGCCCCAGACCCCAGCCGACAAACACAGCACGUUGACUUAGUGAUACACGUCGAUCAAACGUUCGGCCACAUUAUUGCGGGAUACAAACUAAAUUUGCCUGAAGGCGACGUACAAGGAUGUCGAGGUAUUCCAUUUCAGAAGCUGGUCAACCCGACCUCAGUACAAUCUUGA